CUUGGUAUCAAAUAUAUUCUUGUUGGCGAACGCUAGCUUGUAUCUAGCUUAGUAACUCUAGCCCGUAUUAUGGGGCUAAAUAUUCCAGUCACUGCCCUCAAAUGAUUCCCAAAGACUUUCAUUCUGCUCGAACAAUCAGUAUCAGGGUCUAAUACAAGCAACACCGACAGUCCCCAUUCCCCGCCCAAAGAAUAUGGGAGCUUCUACUUUCUCCCAGUCUUUUGCUGAAAAGUAUGAGGCAUGGGCUUCAGUGAUGCUUCCUGCUCUAGUAGGAUUCGCUUUCCUUAUCUAUCAAGCAUUCUUUGCCAUUAAAUAUCCUGCCAACCUCCCACUAGCUGGUGAGCCCGAUGGGAAAAGAACAUUUAGCUGGCGAACGAGAUGGAGAUACUACACCGACUGCGAGGCUCUAUACAAAGAAACAUAUGAGAACGUGCGUUCUUCUUCACUAUUAUUGACAGCGAUACUGAUCUGAAUUAAGUACACCAAACGUGGCAAGACAGUCCUUCUCCCGGGUCUUGGAUUUCGCCACGACAUUAUCUUGCCUCAAAGCUCAAUGCGGGAUAUUAUGGCCCAUCCUGAAAAGGAACUUAGUCACGCCGACGCGGUCUUGGAACUUGUUCAACUGAAGUACUCACUUGGCCAUGAAAAAUACAAAGCCGAUCCCUGGCCUUGUAUGCUUGUCAAGUCGGAUAUUAAUUCCAAGCUGGAGGCAGUUUGUGAUGGUAUGAAUGAAGAAUUGAAGUAUGCAUUUGACAAAUAUAUUGGAUGCGAUACGGAGUCAUGGAAAGAAAUCGACCUGUUGGAGACAAUUCGAAUGGUCAUUAUUGCCGCAGCGAGUCGAUUUACCGUAGGAUUUCCUCUCUGCCGCAACGAAGCGUAUCUUCGAGCCUGCUGGAAGGUCAAUGAUGGAAUAAUGAUGAACGGCGGUCUGACCGGCGCUACUCCACGUCUUCUGCGCCCAAUUUUUGGCCCGUUGAUUACGAUGAAUCUCCGCCGGAACAUCGAAAAGAUCAAGAAGCAAGUAGAGCCGGUUUAUUGCCAGCGGGUUCAAGCAUUGAGCCAGCAAAACAGCGCGGAAAAGCCCGAUAGCGAAGAACCGAAGGAUCUGUUCCAGCAAAUGCUCCGCUACGCCCAGAAAGAGCGACCCCGCGAACUGCACGAUCUCCCCAGCAUGUCCAGACGGCUGGCUUUUGCCAACUUUGCAGCCGUGCAUCAGACAACCAUACUUGUAACAAACAUGAUACUCAACAUCGUCAGCUCAGACUCGCAAUACAAUACUAUCUCCGUCCUCCGAGACGAAGUGAACGACAUCAUCGGCCCCGACAGCAACACCAAAUGGACCAAGUACAAAGUCGCACAGAUGAUCAAAUCCGACAGUGUGGCUCGUGAAACCAUGCGUUUGCAUUCAAACACCAACCGGGGGGUCUUCCGCAAGGUUCUAGUCGAGGGGAUCAAGACAGAAGAUGGAAUCGAGCUUCCCAAAGGCGCAUACGUCUCCUUCCUGGGUCGUCCGCUCCAAUGCAAUCCCGAAACCUUUGAGGAUCCUUUCAAGUACGAUCCCUUCCGGUUCUCUCGAGUCCGCGAGAAGGCUCCCAGAGACGCGAAAGCCACGAGUAAUCUGAGCUUCGUGUCGACUUCGCCGGAGCAUCUGCCCUUUGGACAUGGAGGCCAUUCGUGUCCGGGUAGGUUCCUGGUUGACUUUGAGGUCAAGAUGAUUGUUGCCUAUCUUCUCAUGAAUUAUGACGUCGAGUUUCCGGCCGAGUAUAAUGGACAGAGACCUGCGAGUCGGUGGAUGGCCGAGGCUCUGAUGCCGCCUUCUGGGGCGCGAAUUAGGAUAAAGAGACGGAGCUAAUGGUCCGAUCUUGAUGCCUUGGCCAAUAAAGACUGAUCGACCUGGACAUCACGUCUGCACGGCCGAUGAAGCCUUCCGAUCAUCGACAUUAGGCCACUUUGGUCCAGAAGUUGUCACAGCCAGAUUCAUGAAAAAAAUUGUAUUAAAUGAUCUGAAAUAUAAAAGACUAUCAGGUGCAAAGUAGAAGAUGGACGAUUACU